AUGGUAUCAGAUACGUUAUCACCUGGUGCGCAUCGUUUUCAGCGUACCCAACCAGUGCAUCAAACCAACGUUCCCUGGCCACAUGCUGAUAUAUCUUGUCCGUUUUGUCGAGUGGAACUGCGGCAAGUUGCGCAUCAGUUGCGUGAAUACAAUCGGGCUGUCCCCGGUUGGCGCCGAAUGUUUCAUCCUCACCAGGCAUUCAAACGAACUACUACCAAUUCGCAUUUGUUCACCCCGUGUGAUGGCGUUGGACGAAAGCCGCAUCAUCAUCAUCAUCACCACCACCACCACCGUCAGUAUGGAGGGCAUACACAGCAUCCACAACAAGCAGAAUGCAAAUUGUCCUCAACACUACGAACUGCAGCUCACGUUCAUUCCUACGAUCUGCGCCAACCUCAAUCCUACCGCGUGACCGGUGCUACCUUCGACGGGACUCAGGCAACUCUGAGUGAUAGUAGCGAAUCAGCAACUGCCUGUCGAUUACAGGGUGUGCGUGUGACAGUGGAGCCACCCGAGGUUCAGUAUCAUAACGGUCCGUUGUCAUCAGAUUCGAGCAGCUCUCCGACCAAUAGUGACCCGGGUGAAGGUGGUUGCAGUUCGGACUUGCAGCCUGUUGCACACACAGUAAUCACAAAUGACCCGUCCUAA